AUGACUGAGAAAAACUGCACCACUGUGACUGAGUUCAUUCUCCUGGGAUUAUCAGAUGUCCCUGAGCUGAGAGUCCCUCUCUUCCUGGUGUUCCUUCUCAUCUAUGGAGUCACGGUUCUGGCCAACCUGGGCAUGGUUGCACUGAUCCAGCUCAGCUCUCACCUGCACACUCCCAUGUACUUUUUCCUCAGUCACUUUUCCUUUGUGGACUUCUGCUACUCUUCAAUCAUAGUGGCCAAAAUGCUGGCCAACAUCAUUACCAAGAACAAAGCCAUUUCUUUCCAGGGCUGCAUGGUGCAACUCUAUUUAUUUUGUACUUAUGCAAUCACAGAGGUUUUCCUGUUGGCAGUGAUGGCCAAUGACCACUUCGUGGUCAUCUGCAACCCAUUGCUGUACAUGGUCAUCAUGUCCCAGAAGCUCUGUGCAGAGUUGGUCUCUGGCUGUUACCUCUUAGCAUUAGUAUCUGCUCUCAUUCAUCUCUGCUUAACUCUUGAGAUCCCAGGCUGCAAGUCAAAUGUGAUCAACCACUUCUUCUGUGACCUACCCCCACUCUUGAAUCUUGCUUGCUCUGAUGUCACUGUGAAUGAAUUGCUGCUCUUCAUUGUGGUCAAUUUCAAUGAGGUCAUUACCAUCACCAUCAUCCUUACCUCCUACCUGUUCAUCCUCAUCACCAUCCUGAAGAUGUACUCUGCAGAGGGAAGGUGCAAAGGUUUUUCCACCUGUGCCUCCCACCUCACAGCCAUCGUCAUCUUCCAUAGAACAAUCCUGUUCAUUUAUUGCCAUCCCAGUUCUGGUACUAGUCUGGACAUUGACAAAGUGACUACAGUCUUCUACACUGUGGUGAUCCCCAUGCUGAACCCCCUGAUCUAUAGCCUGAGGAACAAGGAUAUGAAAGAAGCUCUCAGAAAAGUGGUAGACUCCAAAAUGUUAUCCAGGAUGUUGACAUAA